AUGUUAAUGGAUGAAAUCGUUGCAAAUUCGUCUGUUACUGAUAACAUUUAUCUGCAAACUCUUAUUAGCAUGUAUAAUGAUGAAACUAAAAAUGUGUCAACUUUGCAAUAUUCUAUCGACUGCAUAUAUGAACGGGAGAUGAAACUAUUGUUAGACAGGAAAUCAGAGGGUAAAUUGCCAGCGUCUACAAGGGAAACUAUUGUUGGGGAAUUUCAGAAUCUAUCAAAUAUUCUCAACAUUGGUAUUCGGAGUGGAGAUAAACAAUCAGAGGAUGUAAUCACGAUUAAUACUAUAAAUGAUAUUAGGAGAGAUUUUAAAAAAGAAUGCCCUGUUCUUGCAGAUAUUGUUGCUAGCCUGUUUCCUGAAUCUCAGGACAGCAACCGAAAGUCCAACUGUGCUGUGCAUGCUUUGUCACUGCUGUCAAGUGUAAGAAAUCAAAGCUUAAAAAAUGAUAUUUUCAUGAUGUUUACAAUAUUGCUUGUUUCCUAUGGGGCUGGGUGUUGGAUGAUCAAUAACCUAAAUAAAUGUGGACUUACAGUACAUUGGGACACACUAUCUAACUUUCUUGAAUCCCAACUUAAAGGAAAAAUAUCCAGAGUGAAGAUGUUAACACCUAAUGAUAUGCCACUAAUACUCCUUAUGGACAAUUUAAAUAUUUUUCGAGGCAAUAAACAACAUCAUAGGCUUUUUAAAGACUAUGGAGACAGUAUGUGGAACUUUACUGUAAGAGGCCUUGUACGUCCUUGUGUUAAUGGCUUAGAAAAAUUGUUCUCCUCCAAGGAGACCGCAAGUGAUAGUCAACAUGAUGUAAAGAAAUUUACAUUCGAUAAUAUCAUACUUGAAAACAACCCUGAUCAUUUAAAUAUUUGGAAUGCUCAUCUUGAUUGCUAUUUGUCAACACUUCUAAAAGAUGGACUUACACUGAAUACAGAAAUGUCAUUGAAAGACAUGUCUGAAAAAGAAUGUGAUCACUGUCUCUCGACCCAAUCUUAUAGUAUAUCAAACAAUGUCAGCGUUUGUCCAAACCAUUCGUACAUCGACAUAUCUCAGUCAACCAGAAAAACGGACACUAUUAUUAUGCCAUUGAUAUUGGAGAACAACAGCACUCUUGCUGGUUCAUGUGCUAUCUUGGACCAGUUUGCCUCAGAAUUUUCUAUUCCCAAAACCUCUCACUCAGAAAUUCUUCCAUUUGACACUAACCAUAAGACAUUUAGUAUUAAGCAAGCACGUGAACAUAUUGAGUUUAUUGAGAUGAUGAAUCACCAUACAAGUGAGAAGCACCAAAAAAAUGAGUUGCUUAAUAAUGCUGAGAUAAAUGAUGAUUGCAUGGAUGGCAAAAUUAUCGGUGAUGAUGGAGAUUUUGAUGCUGGUGAUAACCAAAAUGUUGAUGAUGAUGAUGAUAAUGAUAAUGGUGGAGUUAUUCCACACACAGAGCAAGAAUACAGAUCUGACACAACUGUAACAAAAAUGCAAAAAUUGUUUGAAAGGGAAGAUUAUUUGUUCAAAAGUACUUAUGACUCAUUGACAGACCAAAUGAAGAAGGCCAUUGAAAGUGACAGACUUGAGCGAUUUUUAAAAGAACUGGCAGAAAAACCAUACAUUCAGAAUGCAAGGGAUCACUUAGGAAGGACACUGUUUCAUGUAGCUGUGGAAAAACUGAACAUUAACUUUGUCAGAUGCAUGAUCAAUGCUGGAUGCAACCCAAAUGCAAGGGAAAAAUGUGGCAUUACUCCUCUGGUUAUUGCUGUCCUCCUUAAAAGUAAAGACUUGUGCCAGUUAUUGGUAAAUGCAAGGGCGAGCACGAGAGGUCCGUUGUUUACAAAUGUGCCAAGUCCUAUAGUGAUUGCAACAAAGAUGGAUUUGCCAGAAAUAUUAGACAUUCUUAAUCCGACAGAGUCAGAUGGGGAAGACGAUGAAUUGCAAUACUAUGAUCCAAUUUUCCACUGCAGUAAUCAAUCUAAAGUUCAUGAAACGGCACCAGUUGCAAAAAGUACUCAAUAUACAAGGGCCUCGCCUGGAUUCAUCACUGGUAUGGUGGGUGAUGUGGGCACAUGUAAGACUAAUAGAGGUGUAAUGUCCAGAUCGCGCUGUCAUGAUUGGGUUGGUAUAAUACCCGGUGAUUCUACAUACAAAGGGCUACCUUGCGGAAGCAUGUUAUAA